AUGACCUCUCAGCUUCUGGCGUCGGAGCUCGCCAACCUCAUCCAGGAAAGCAAACGGAAGCACAAUGAUCUGCGACUGGCGGCCGAGAAGUCCCUGGAGGAGCUCAAGAGUCUGAGAGCGUCGUCCGAGCCUCAAUUCGCUGAUGAACUUGCCCAGCGGCCCAAUUUCGUCAACCCCUUCAUCAUUGCGUGCGGCACCAAGAACUCCAAGUUCACCGGCAUCGCCAUCGUCUGUCUGCAGAGACUCAUCAUCGCCCGCGCAUUCCCGCGGUCCAAGCUGAGUCAGAUCUUAGACGCCCUGCAGCAGGCCACGUCCGCCGGGCUCGAUGUCCAGCUCAAGAUCCUCCAGGGGCUCCCCGCCCUGCUCGCCAACUACUCGGCCGACGUCAAGGGCGAGCUCUUGGUCACCGCCCUGAACAUCUGCUGCGUUCUGCAGUCCAGCAAGAACGCUAUCGUUAACCACACCUCUGCCGCGACGCUCCAGCAGCUGGUUUUCUCCGUCUUUAACAAGGUUGCAACGGAGGACAGAUCCGGCGUCGGCUCGCCUACCGUCGGCGAUGUUCCAGUGCAGGAUGGCACCGUCUCGGUGAGGGCUGCGGCUAUGGAUGCUUAUAGGCGUCCGGAAUACCUUCGCUUCUCCGGCCUUCCGCAAACUUUCGGCCUGGAACUGAUAGAGUCGGUCCUGACGAACCACGCCGCCAUCUUUGCCACGCAUCCCGAGCAAGCCCACAUCCUGCGAACGAAAGUGAUGCCCUUCGUCAUCAAUGCUCUUCGCGGCAGGCUCAAUUUCGCAACCAGCGUGCGCCUCGUCCGCAUAUUGUACACCAUCGUCCGACGCCACCUCUCCAUUCUGCCGUCCGAGAGCGGCGACGCGCUCGAGAUACUGACUCAGCUCCUCGACCAAGACACGACGCUCUGGAAGCGAUCACUUUGUAUGGAAGUAUUUCGAGGAAUUUUUGCCGAGCACGUCCUGCUGCGACGGAUCUACAUGCUCUAUGACGCACAGGCGGGCCAGAAGAGCAUUCUCAAGAAUCUGACGGCCACGUUUGUCCGCGUCAGCACCGAAAAGCCGACCGUCAUUGGGCUGGGCCAUCAAUCUACAAUCCCCGUUGCGACAUCCAGCGCUGGGCCCUCGAGCGACCAGGUGAUGCUUGAGGCGAGCGGGGUGACCGGCAUCAUAGCCGGCUCGGUCAGUUCCGACGGCCACAACACCGGCAUUAGCAGCCAAUGGAGCACCGUGCGAGUGCCCUGCAUCGACCAGCUUGACAAGGCAGAGGCCCCAACAAUUCCGGAGUCCUAUGUCUACAGCCUUACUUUGGCUUGCAUCACCUCCUUGUCUGAAGGGCUUGCCAAGUUCAUCCUUCCGCUGACCGUUCCCGGCGAAGGCCGGAGAAGACGAGGCGCGAAGCAAGAGGCCGGCCGUGAUUCUCCCGCGCCCCAAUCCGAAGAGCCCUCCGAGAAGCUGGAACGGUCCGCGUCGUUCAAGAAAAAUCCAGUUCCCGUCAACCCCUUGACUCUCGAAGGUCACCCCCUUUACCCGGAGAUCAAGGUCUGUGCUGCCUUGAUCGAAACGUGCUGGCCCGCAAUCCUCGCCACAUGUUCCACCUUCCUCUACGCCGCCUUGGAUUCCGAGUACUACCAUGCCCUGGUCCGGGCAUUCCAAAAGUUCGCCCACGUUGCCGGCCUGCUGCAACUCGCCACUCCCCGCGAUGCCUUCUUGACUACGCUCGGCAAAGCCGCAGUUCCUCCAAAUGUCCUAACCGCGUGCCUGAACGCUGGCCCGGCGCGCCCACCGCCCAGCCCUGCACCUCCCGAGGGAUCCGGGAACAUCUUCAGCAACGCCCGAGGCCUGCUCAGCGUCGACAGUCUCGUCAGCCCGUCAACGCUUGGGGCCGAGAAGCAGAGGCAGCACUCCAUGGAUGUCAGCGGCGCCACCCUGAACACCCGGAACCUGCUGUGCUUGAGAGCGCUCCUCAAUCUCGGCAUCGCGCUGGGUCCGACGCUAGGAUCAUCUUGGAGCAUUGUCCUGGAGACUCUGCAGCAAGCUGACUUCGUCAUGUUCUUCACAGGCAAGGCUGCCGGAAGGACACCAUUGGCGGCAAAAGGCCCAGACCCGCAAGCCGAACAAGAGGCUAGCGCUUUGCUCGCCAAUUUUAAUACCGAAAUCCGGGCCGUCGAGACCGCGGCGUCCCGUCUUCUGGAGAGCACUAUUGACUUCCCGAACCCGGCUUUCGUCGAGAUCGUGGGCGCUGUGUGCAACCUCCUCGAACAUGCCGAGCCUCCAUCACAAGCAAGCAGCCGUCCACAAUCGCCACCCUCCGUGACCAGCCCCAAGGCGCCUGCACCUCCUGGCAAGCGGGUGAUGAGCAUCUCUUCGCCGUCCCUGGCAGGCCCAAACCAGGAAAACCAGUUUGCCCUAGCUAAGCUGGGUGAUCUCGCUUCUAUCAAUAUCGAAAGGUUACUCGCCUAUCCGCCAGAGGAAUCUGGCUGGGACCCGUUAAUAACCGAACUUAUCAACGUCAUGGGCUCCGUUUCCAACACUGCUCCUGUCCGAGCACGAGCGGCAGAGACACUGGUCCGCAUCCUGCUCGAGGAAGCAACCGCAAUGGCCUCUCAGCCAGCACAAGUGCGAGGGGAGAUCCAAAACCGGCUCCUUCGGGCGUUCCGCGACUCUCUCACCCCCUUGCAGGCUUCCAACCGCGAGGUGUCUAUCGCGAGCCAUGCUGUCGACGUUGAUAUCCAUAAGAUCAUUCUGGAAGGUCUCAAAAGCCUGCUCGAAAAUUGCGGCGAGUCGUUGAUCAGCGGCUGGGAGCUGACGUUCGAGAUCAUCGACAGCAUCUUCCUCAGCCGCAGCCUGGCCGCAGAGGCCGGCCAGGAUGCGUCGGCCGAACGGUCGGUUCUGCCAACGCGCGCCGUCAAACUUAUACGCCCCUCCUUCGCGUCCUUGCAGCUCAUAUGCUCCGACUUUCUCCCUUCGUUACCUAACGCCUGCUUCCUCAAUCUGGUCGAUACCCUGUACAAGUUCUGUACGCAAGAUGAUGAGCUGAACGUGGCGUUGACGACUGUCACUUUUUUCUGGGCCAUUUCGGAUUUCCUCUCUGCAAAGAGCAGGUCAAUGUCAAUUACUGAAGACAUGAUGGGUGCGUCGGGAGACGAGAGGUUAGCCACGUUGGCAGCGGAACCGUUCGAAAAGGGCUCGGCGGCAGCGCUCUGGAUGCUGCUGCUCUUGAGGCUGAAAUCGGUCGCGACGGACCAAAGAUUGGAACUCAGAAACAGUGCCAUCCAAACGCUGAUGCGGAUAAUGUCGGCAUAUGGCGAGAGCCUCAGCCCGGAGGCUUGGUCCGUCUGUAUGAAGACGGUCAUCUUCAGCCUGCUCUCCUCUGUCGAGCGCGAGCUGCGAGCCGUCGACGCGUCUUCUGCGAAGGACAAAGGCCAGGAAGAGUGGAAAGAGACAGCCAUCGUGGUGACGCAGGGGGUGUCAGACUUGUUUGGUUCGUACCUCAGCGUACUCGCCGCUCACCGAAGCUUUGCGGAGCUCUGGGAAGACCUGGUUCAGCAUUUCCGGCAUCUGCUCGACCUUCAAAUUCUCGACAUUAAUGCUGCUACGUACAGCGCUCUGCGUGACAUCCUUCACCGAUGUGCCGAGCAAGAGAAACCCGGCAUUGGGCCAGCUAACCUCGACCUGGCAUGGGAGCUAUGGUCACAAAGGGUGCCUGUGCCGGAGGACGGGGACGAGGACAAGUUGUCGGAUAACCAGAAGUGCCUGCUGGUUUGGGUUGAGACGCUGUUGGUGCUCUACGGACUCAUCCGAACGAGCUUCAGCGUCGGGCAUGUGCGCAGGAUGCUCACCCUUCUCCGUGACGCAAUGCAACACGCAACGCCGGGGGCGUACGCCAGCGACGUCGAAUAUGUCACGCCUCUGCAAGGCAAGAUUCUCGAGGUCUUCCGUAUGGUACGCACCGAUGUGCCGGGCGUCCCCUCCGCGAUGGUAACCCAGGUCGCCGAGUUUGUCUCUCUCGCCUUCGCCCAGCCAGACCCAGCCAAGGCCGCAGCAGAGCGGCGUACCUACGUCGCCAUGUCGAAGGAAAGCAUGUCCAUUCUUCAGUCUCUUAUUGUCGACAACGCCUCGGAGCGGGAUAUAUACGAAACGGGGGCGUUCGCCGCGGCCUUGACUGCUCUCACCACGCCCGUCGUGCUGAAGUAUCAGUUCAAGAUCGUUACCAAAUCCGUGCAGCCGUGGAGAGCAGCGACGCAAUCUGCCAUAGCCGUGCUGGAAGCCUCACUUUCCCAUCUCUUGAGGAUGGAUCUGCCUCGCGCCACGACGCAGAACAUCUGGCAGAUAGUUGUGUCGAUCAGCAACGGGAUCAUCAGCGCGGAUCUAGCUGCCCCUGCCGCCACAACCGCCGACGUCAUGGACGACCAAGCGUUCGACAUCGCUUUCUUCCGCAAACUGCGCGACCUCAUCAUCCCAGCGCUCGGCGCAGAGCUGAUCCCGGACGAGACCCGGAAAGCGUACGCCGAGGGCCUGUUUCGCACCUCCAUCAUCCACGCUCCUGCCCUCGCCGAAGCGGCGAUCAUCUACGGGAGCGACCGCGACCCCGCAGCGGGACUGGCCGCUCUUCUCACCAAGCGCAACGGCCGCACCAUCGACCCGCCGCCCACCAAGCGCAGCCUCAUGAGCGAGGUCUGCCUCGACGAGCUGUUCUCCCUCGUAGCCGCCCGCCAGGCCGAGACAGCUUCCCCAGGCACAGCAGCAGCAGCAGGACACGCCCCCGACGACAACGACCACGACGACGAGGAAGACAAGGACGACGAGCACAUCCGCCUCGCCCGCACCGCGGCGCCGUACCUCCUGCUGCGGUGCGCGCUGCCGCUCCGCGCCUACGCCGCCGACCAGCCGCUGCGCGGGCGCAUGCCGCAGCCGCUGUCGCAGCGCCGCGAGCUCGCCCGCGUGCUGCGCCGCCUGGUCGCCCUGCGCUCCGAGCCGGCCGCCAUCCCGCACGCCCCGCCCCGCGUCCCCCGCUGCGCCACCCGCAAGCACCUCCUCCGGCUGUACCCGCUGCUGGUGGCUGCGGCGCGGGUCGCGGGCUCCGCGGGGGACGAGAUGGUCUUGGCCCUGGUUAGGGAGGCGUUGGAUGCUGUGGGCGGGGAGUUUGGGGUUUGA